AUGCCCUUUGGCUUACGCAACGUCGCGCAGAGCUUCCAGCGCUUUAUCAACGACGUCUUGCGCGAUUUACCAUCCGUUUACGCCUACUUAGACGAUCUUCUCAUUGCAAGCGCCUCGCAGGAAGAGCACAUUGCGCACCUUCGGCAAGUUUUCACACGCCUGCAAGAUCAUGGCUUCGUCAUAAACGUGAAGAAAUGCCGCUUUGGGCAGCCGGAAGCUAAAUUCAUCGGCCAUCACAUCGACCAACAUGGUAUUCGACCUCUUGAGACCAAAGUACAAGAUAUCCGUGACUUCCCUCGGCCGCAAACAACCCGUCAGCUCCGACAAUUCUUGGGUUUGCUGAAUUUUCACCGUCGGUUUAUCCACAACUGCGCCCACAUCAUCCAGCCUCUCACCGACCUCCUUAGGGAGUGCACGUCGGCAUCGGCUCUGCUGGCGUGGUCGGAGGAAGCUGAGAGGGUCUUCUGCGCUGCUAAGGAGUCCUUGGCGAACGCCACCCUUGUGCACCCCUCCCCGUCUGCACCCCUCCCCCAGUUGGUUGACGACAAGUGGCAACCGCUCGGAUUCUUUUCCCGUCGCCUUCAACCGGCGGAAGUUCGUUACAGUACGUUUGGCCGCGAACUUCUCGCAGUGUACGCCGCAGUCAAACACUUCCACUUCUUUCUGGAAGGCCGUGAGUUCCAUAUUCUGACGGACUACAAGCCUUUGACAUUCGCGUACACCGCCAACCGUUCCAGCUACUGCGAACGUGAAACCCGCCAACUUGCCUUCAUAUCCGAAUUCUGCACCGACAUCCGCCACAUCCCCGGAAUAGCGAAUUCGGCCGCCGACGCCCUUUCCCGCAUCAACGCUAUUCCUUUCCUGCCCUCCCCGGUGAACAUUGGGGAGCUCUGCGACGCCCAAGCUCAAGAUCCCGAGCUGAACGACCACCUCUCCGGCACUUCCUCUUUGGCGCUGCGUCCCGUGACCCUCCCAGGCUUUACAAAGCCUCUCUUCUGCGACACGUCUACGCCUUGCCCCCGCCCCUUCGUCCCCGAACCCUUGCGCCGCCGGAUCUUUACCCAGCACCAUAAUCUGGCACACCCCGGCGUGCGUGCAACCCACAUGGCCAUUGGUAACCGAUACCUCUUCACCUGUGUUGCUAGGUUUACCCGUUGGGCGGAAGUGCUACCGAUCCCCGACGCCACGGCCGACACUGUUGGUCGUGCAUUCCUCUUCGGUCGGGUCGCGCGCUUCGGCUGCCCUGGCAUCGUCACCACAGAUAGAGGUCGCCAAUUUACCUCCCGUAGCUUCGGAGCCCUCCUCUCUGCCAUCGGCGCGCAGCAUUCGAAGACCACGGCCUACCACCCUUCAGCGAACGGCAUGGUCGAACGUCUGCACAGGCAGCUGAAAGCCGCCAUCUGCGCGAGAAGCGACUCGACGAAUUGGGUCGAUCACCUGCCCUGGGUGCUCCUAGGUAUUCGCUCUUCCCUCAAGCAGGACCUACAGUGUAGCCCCGCGGACUUGGUAUUUGGUUGCCCGCUGAGGCUUCCCGGCGACUUCCUCAGCUCCCCCUCCCCCGCGCCUCCCAGUGUUCAUGACUUUGCCGCACAGCUUCGCGACCAUUUCCGGGAUCUUCAGCACGUUUCCCCAUGCCAGCCCUCUUAUAGGAAGAUCUUUGUCCACCCGGACCUCAAGACCUUUUCUCACGUCUUCGUUCGCGCGGACCACGUUAAGCCGCCACUCACCCCAGCGUACACUGGUCCCUACCGCUUAUUGGCGCAAGAUGAGACGACUGUGACAGUCGACAUCAACGGCCGCCCGGAGGUACUCACGAAAGACAAGCCCGAAAGAGUCAAGCCCGCCUACUUCGACGCACUACUCUCUCCCGUCCAUCUUCCCGCGUCGCCUCCUCCUUGCCCGGUUCCCCGGUCACUACCCUCCUCAAGAAAAGUCUCCCGGCAUUCUCCUCUGGUUACCUACCAGUCUAGGGGGAGGCCUGUAGCAUCUUCGACGCCUACAGACGACGAGCGCCCAGCUCGCUGGAGCGAGCGACGACGAGCGCUCAGCAGACCCGAGCACCUGGAAUAA